AUGAACCCCUCUACACCAAAUGUGGGAAAAUCUGUCCCUGCGCCAUCGAAUUCCGCAGCUAGUCAAACUGGUCCAGCGACCUCAAGCUUUGAAUCAUCCCGUCGUCCAUCACAGGCUGGUUUCUCAUACUCACAAUCGAUGCCUCGAAAGGUUCAAGGCUCCCGCAAACAACACCGGGCUCAGCGUAGGCCUGGAUUUGGCGAUAGAUCAAAUACCGGUCCCGACGACGACGACGACGACGACGCCAUGGAUGAGCUAAGAGCUUUCAGAAAUCCCAAUAGCAGGCGCGGCCAAACCUCAAUCACCCACCUACUCAAUUACUCCAUGCCACGCCCGGUCCAGGAUCAUCAUUCGCAUUCAAGAUCUUAUAGGAGAACUCCAACAUGGGGACCUGGAUCAGGAUACCACGCAAGCGACAAGGCUCGAUACGUCCAUGCCAACUACCGCUUCAUCCUUUCUCCAGAGGGUACAUACAACAAACAAGCCACGGAUGCCGACACCCACCUGGACUGGUCUCAUGUAAUGCAGAUUAUUGCUUCAAGUGAAUCGCAGGGUUCAUCAUGCCCAAUUUGUCUUUCCGAACCAGUGGCGCCACGGAUGGCGAAAUGCGGUCAUAUUUUUUGCUUGCCCUGUCUUAUCCGGUUCAUGAACUCAGCAUCGGGCGAGGACGAAGCAAAGGGUCGAGGCCCUAGAUGGAAGAAGUGCCCUAUUUGCGAGGACUCGAUCUAUAUGCAAGACGUACGGCCUGUUAGAUUCUAUGCAGGACAAGAAAGCCCAUUUCCUCGACCUGGUGACGACGUUGUGCUACGAUUGAUGGCACGAAACGCAAGCUCUACAAUGGCGCUUCCGCGAGAGAGUGGCUCUGAAGCUCUAUAUUCUGUAGGUGACAUUCCUUGGCAUUUUGCUGCGAACGUCUUGGACUACGCUCGCAUGAUGAAAGGUACCACCGACUACAUGGCUGCCCAGUACGAUGAGGAGAUUACCGCACUGGCUCAACAAGCAAAGGAAGACGAAACCCUUUUUGGACAGAACGAUGAAUGGUCCCAGAAAGCGAUCCGGGCUAUCACGGCCGCCAAGGAGAAGCUUACAGAGCUUGAGGUUGUGGAAAGCUCAGCAACGUCGGCCAAGCUCUCUGCAGACGCCGACUUUUAUUUUUACAGCUCUCCGCCGCAUCUGUACCUCUCGCCACUGGAUAUCCGUAUCCUCAAAACAAAGUACGGAUCUUUUUCGUCAUUUCCUUCUACGCUUCUCCCUCGUGUGGAGCACAUCUCUACUGGUCAUGUGGUAGACGAUGCAAUGCGCCGAAGGGCAAAGUACUUGGGACACCUUCCUCGUGGAUGCGUUGUCAAUUUUCUGGAAUGUGACUGGACAGAUAUUGUGCCAGAAGAUACGCUGGCAUCGUUUUCGGCUGAUAUCGAGCGGAGACGGAGACGCAACCGAGACAAAGAGACGCAGGAGGAACGCGAGCGUCUCCAGGCCGAGCGCCUUGAAGCUGCAAACAUACGCAAGACCACAGGUUAUCAGAGGCUCCCUGAACCACCAGAGGAUAGCGCCCCUCGAAUGGACCUCGAAGAGUUCCUGCCAUUAAGCGGCCACUCUGGUAGCACGCCUCCAGAUCCCCGGCCAGGGUUCGAGACAUUGGCUGAGAUGUCAACCAGCCCGUCAAACCAGAAGACUGUCUGGGGCACUAGAGUGGUCAACGGGUCACCAGAGAUGGCACCUGCCCAACAUUUAGACGACGUUCACGACGGGUGGCUCAGGGAUGAGGACCUAUUUGACACUGCCGAUAUUGCGAUGCAAAUAAAGGCCAUAGAAGCGGCCGAGAGUAGCGUUCAUCCGGAUAGUGUUGGCGGAGCAGGGCCAAGCAGCAGUGGUGGUGGCGGAAAGAAGAAAAAGAAACAAAAAAUCACGCUCAUGAGCACCGGGGGCCGGAGAGGCAACUAA